AUGGCGCCCCAACCGCCCCUAGCAGCUUCCCCACGCCUCUUAUCUUUUCUGGGGGACCUCCACUCCCAAUCACUGAGCCAGGAGUCGAAGAUAGAAUGGACUUCCCUCCCAGGCCAGACGACCAAUGAAUUCGACAACAUCAUGCGCGACAAGUUUAUCGCCUUGGACCAAGACAAGGCUGAGCUGAUCUAUCACCUGCUGCGCAGCACCAAUGCAACGACAAUUGUCGAAGCUGGAACAAGUUUCGGCGUGAGCACCAUCUAUCUUGCACUUGCCGCAGCUCAAAACGCUGCCCGUGGAGGAACCUCCACUGCCAAGGUUAUCGCCACCGAGAAGGAGGUCUCCAAGGCUGCGGAAGCACAGAAGAACUGGGAGCAAGCUGGCGAAGAGAUUCAAGGUGUCAUUGAUCUCCGUGUUGGCGAUCUCCGGGCGACGUUAGGAAAGGAUCUUGGGACGGUGGACUUCCUGCUUCUGGAUAUCUGGACGCCGCUUGCACUGCCAGCAUUGAGACUGGUUGAGCCAUCCUUCAGGCCAGGUGCAAUGAUCAUUGCAGACAAUACCCUGAAGGCGGCGGCUGGGUAUGCGGAGCUGUUUGAUUAUUUGGAUGCGCCUGGAAGCCGAUAUCGAAGGGUCACUAUGCCCUAUGAUGGGGGUUUGGAUGUUAUUUUGUAUCACUGA